CCGCCGCAGUCGCUUACAACUAAUUCAGUCUACGCGACGUGAGAACAUUGCUGCAGGGCAGCCUAUACAAGACUGCUAGUGUUUUACUCGAAGCUCAACCACAGACAGCGCAAGUGCUUUCGAGGACGAGUUGACUAACAUCACUAUGGGAGAGACCGCAGCGCGCCGGUCUGCAGGACUGGGAACAACCAUGAAGAAUGCUUCUUGGGUCCUAUUGGCGGCACAGUAUACUGCCUUUGUGUUGUUAUCGCAUUAUUCUAGGGUCAUGCCGCCAGCUGGCGGCAGACGGUAUCUGACGUCCACCGCUGUUUUCUUCAACGAGGUCGCCAAACUCGCCAUCUCCUUGACUAUAGCCCUGUACGAGGUUUCGAAGACGGCACCACCUUCGGUUCCCGCAACGUCGCUAUUCUUUUCGCUCACCUCCGCCGUGUUCUCCGGCGAUAGUUGGAAGCUCGCAAUCCCCGCUUGUCUCUAUACGAUCGCCAAUUCUUUGCAGUACAUUGCACUCUCGAACUUGCAAGCUGCCACUUUCCAAGUCUCGUACCAGCUGAAGCUUCUGGUAACGGCCAUAUUCAGCCUUUUUGUCUUUAGAAGGUCGAUCUCUCUCCGCAAAUGGGGUCUGCUGGUACUCCUUGUGAUUGGGGUUGCACUGGUGCAAAUCCCCAAUGGCAGCGUCGACGAGGCUCACUUCGAUGAAGCUGCGCAUCUUUCUUUCCCCCGGUCGUUGGAGGAGUGGAAAGCUGCCAAGCUUGGACGUGAAAAUCUACACAAGCGUUCCGCAACUUACGAAGGCAUUGAGGAGGAUAUUCUGACUGCUAAUCCUCGCUUGAACGGAACAAUUGGUCUCUUGGCUACUGUAGGCGCCUGCGUUGCCUCUGGUCUAGCGGGGGUAUAUUUCGAAAAAGUCAUUCAAGACAGCGCGAAGGCGACAUCUCUUUGGGUGCGCAACGUUCAACUGGCCGUUUACUCUAUCUUCCCUGCACUGUUCAUCGGCGUCGUAUUUCUGGACGGUGAGAAAGUGGCAGCCAAUGGGUUCUUCGAUGGAUACAACUGGGUCGUUUGGUCUACUGUUAUUAUUCAAGCCCUGGGAGGUAUUGCCACGUCUUUCUGCGUUGGCUAUGUCUACAGAGAUGCGAAGAACAUUGCUACGGCUGCAAGCAUCGUCCUCACAACGCUAGCGAGCACCUGGCUCUUUGAGUUUGAACUCACUGCAAAUUUCCUCCUUGGGUCUUUCGCAGUACUAGUGACUACUUGCCUCUGUGAGGAGUCAAGCGCCAACUCUGUCAAGGCUCAACGACAGACGCUGCGUCCGCCCCCCAUUCGAGUUGACCGCUAUGAGAAGGAUAAUAAGAGUGGUGAGGCUUCGCCUGCCUCGCCAUCACCCAACGAAAUAUCUAUCAAGCUUCCUGGAACACCAUUCUUGUCCGAUGCCGGCCUCUCCACAUCGAGACCUACAUCACCGGGCCAUGUACGCGUUAGUGCUGGCCGCACUACAAGCGGAGGUUACUUUGAGAAGCACCCUCGGGAUCAAUGAGUCGAGGGUGCGAUUAACAGUGUUUUGAUAGUGGCUUUUGAAUUGGCGCUACACUGUAUCAUGGUUUCAGGAAGUAAAUAUGGAUGGAUAGAAGCGGUGACGCCUGUUACGUUCUCGACGGAAAAUGCCUCAAUUUCUUGU